UGAACUUAUAAUUGAGCAACAUGCAUAAAUUGCAAAUUUCAAUAUUGAAGUGUUUCAUAUAACUCUAUUUUUAGUUGAUGGUAAAAUACUAACAGAUGGGUGAAAAUCUUUGCUUGUAUUUUGUAUAGAAUACAAUGGGUGGCCUUUGGCUUUGGGGCUGGGUUACCUGCGUGUGUCCCUGCCUCACCUUUGCCCGCAAUGCUGAGAUAGUGGACGAGGGACGAACAUCUGCUUUUACCGCAGGCCGAAACUAUUUGGUGCUUCUCACUUUUCUGCCGGUUUUGGGCGCAACUUUAUACGGAUGCACGUACCGAACCAAACUGAGACGCCACUUUGAGUUGCCAGAACAGCCGUGCGGGCCCUGCGGUGAUUGCUAUGUCCAUCACCUAUGCUGUUUUUGCGCUCUUUGCCAAGAGCACCGCGAGCUCAAAAACCGUCAUAUGGAUCCAGCAGGAGGUUGGAGAAAAGCCUAUGAAACGAUAAUGAACCCAAACGGAGCAACUCCAAUUCCUGAACCGGGCAUGGCUCGUAAUUAGGGCUUUCAUGCAUGGCAGUUUGUUCUGCAAUCAUGAUUCAUCCCACUUGUGUUAAGUUUGUUAUUAGCAUGUUCCUUUGAUUUUUCUCUUAUGUUCCUCAACGCUUAGUGAGUU